AUGACCGAGGCUGUAGAUGCGACCGCCGCGCUCUCGGCGCUCCACCGGUGGCGCAUGGCCGCCGUUCGCGGCUCCCAUCGGCGACAACUGCACACGCUUUUGGAAGCCGCUGACCGCGACGACCGUGAACUCAUCGCCAUACAGAGGGAGCAACGCAACCUCCGCGGCACUGCCGCCGAGCACGGCGCGGAGGCGGCGGCCCUGCGCGCAGCCCUCGAGCGCGAGCGGUCGGAGCGCGCUGCCGCUGAGCGGGAGACAGCACGGCUGGACUCCGCGCUCGAGGAGGCGCGGCUGGCGCUGCAGCAGGCGGGCGUGCGGCUGAAGGAGGGCGAGGAGGCGCGGCGGAGCGAGCGCGCGGCGGAGCGGCUGCGGCAGGAAGCGUUGCGGCGCGAGGCGGAGGAGACGCGCGCGGCACAGAAGGGGGUCUGCGCGCGGCAGCAGGCGCUGCUGGAGCGGAUCGCGUCGGCGGACCAGCGCAUCUUGGAGCUGGACGACGAGCGGCAGGCCGCGAUCGAGGCGCUGCGGGGUCUCAGGUCGGAGCUGUCGAAGGCGGUGGCGGGGCGCAGGACCGCGGAGGAGCGCGCGAGCGCGCUGUCGGAGCGCAUGCAGGCGAGCACUGCGGAGCUCCGCGGCGUCAGCGACGUGUGCGCCGAGGCGCUGGGCAUCGGCGCAGCCCGCGGUGGCGCGUCGACGCUGUCCCUCGUUACGCGCGUGGCUUCGGAGCUCGAGCGCGCGCGGGAGCGACUCGCGAGCGGGGCCGCGAGCGGGGCCGUGCGCAUGCAGAUCGUCAUCAGCGGCGAUGCGAACGACGGCGCACAAGCAGGCGGGGCCGGCCGCGACGCCGGAGGCUCAGGCUCCCCGCGGCGACCCAGACCGGACGUCGAGCGAGGCAGCAGGCGCGAGGGCACGCGCGGCGGAGCGGCCGGCCCGCCGCAACCGGCCAGCCCGCCGCGCAGCCCGCAGGAGGCGGCACGGGACGGCAAGCUGAUCAAGGCGCUGCGGCGCCGCGUGACGGAGCUGUCGGAGGACUGCGAGCGGCUGCAGCGCCGCGUGACGGACCGCGAGGACGACCUGGCGAUCGUGCGUCGCGAGCUUGCGCAGGCGACGGCCCUCGCGCCGCCGCCCGGGGCGGGACCGGCGGCGGGGUCCGGGGCGGCGGCGGAGAUCGCGGCGCUGCGGCGGGAGCUGGCGGCGUCGCGGCGGGCCGAGGCGUCGGCGAUGCAGGCGCUGUUGAGUCCCACAGGGGGGGCGUCGACAGCGGUGGGGCCGACGGCGGCGGCAGAGGACGCGAACGCCGCGGCGAAGAAGGCGCGCGAGAUGGAGGUGCGCGCGGAGUGGCUCGAGGGCGCUGCGAGGGAGCUCCGCGAGGCCCUUGCGCGCAGCCAGGAGGCGAGGCAAGCGGCGGAGCAGGAGGCCUCGACGCUGCGCGGGCGAGAGUUGCAGCUCUCCACGGAGCUCGCGGCCGCGCAGGGCGAGAUCUCGGCCCUCAAGUCCAUCUCCGAGACGCUCCAGCAGGACCUCGCGCAGGCCCGCGGCGCCAGCGAGACGGCGGCGGCCCACGCACCCAGCGCAGCAACAACGUACGUCGCGCCCCCUGCGGCACCGCCGCAGCCGGCGUCGCCGAAGAAGGGCGCGGCGCUGCGCCGUGCGGAGAAGCUCGUGGCGGAGGCGGAGGCCCGCGCGGUGGCGAGCGCCGCCGAAGCCGACCGCGUGCGCGCUGCUGCGACCGCACUGGUCAAGCGCCUGCGCUCGCGGCUCGCAGGGGUCCGCACGGCCGCGAAGUGGCGCAUGGUCGCGACGCUCACGACGCUCCAGCGCUCGCCGCGGCGCGCCGCGCCGCCCCCGCCCCCGCCCGGCCCGCCACCGCCAGUACCCCCGCCGCCGCCGGGAGUCCCCCCUCCCCUCCACGUGCCGGUCCGACCGAGCCGGUCGCCGUCCCCCGAGGAAGCCGAGGCGCCGGUUCGCCCCCAGGAUGGCGCCGCGGGGCCGUCGGAACCGGUUUCGCGGACUGAGAAGCCCGGAGCCUCUCUGGUGGAGCGGCGGCAGGCGCAGGCGCAGGCGGUGGCAGCGCCCGUGCGGAAGGGCGGCGGGUACGUGCUUCCGCCGCGGAACCAGGCGAUCAUGAAGCGCCUGGUGCAGCUGCGCGGCGAGGACGACGGCGCAGAGGGCCGCCGGCGCAGGGCAAAGGAACGCGCACAGUAUGAGCCAGUCGACCCUGACAACCCGGUGGAGGUUGUGGCGGCGUUCAUGCAGCGCCGCACGGCGGACCAGCUGCUGAAGAUGCGGUGCCUCCUCGUGUGGGCGCACAACACCGAGGCGGCGUACGACAAGGUCGGCGGCGCCCGCCCCCGCGACGCCUUCACGCAGACGCCCGGGCGGGCCGUCAUCCUGCACCAGGACGCGCCCGUGGUCAUGGACCCGGAGCACAACCACGCCCUGCUCGCGGAGAUCCGCGGCGGGCUCGAAGACGAGGUCAGGGAGAUGGGGACUAUGCUCGAGCAAGAGACCGCUGCCGCCGCCGCUGGUGGGCCGGCGGGGGCAGCGGCGUCGGCGAUGGCGAGGGCGGCGUUCGAGGCGCCGCAGCCGCCGCUCACGGGCAAGCUGGCCAGGGGCGCGAUGUCGCCCGAGCAGGUUGCGGCCGCGUCACUGGAGGAGGCCAAGUCGUGGCGUCGGCGACUGAUGCGGGACGACGGCGCGCCGCUGCCGGUGCGGCUGAAGCGGCUCGAGAUGGUCUCGGAGCUGCUGUCCAAGGCGAUGACGAGCAUCACGGACCACUUGAAUCGCGGCAUGGCGACAGGUUCGAUGCACCAGCUGGCGUACAUGGCCACACGGGACGCUGAGAAGGCAGACAAGGAGAUGCGCGACGUGGAGGCGGCGACGGGGACAUCGGCGCUGCGUGCGGGCUUCCAGGACCGCGCGAGCCAGCGCGGGAAGCCGCCGCCGUGGGACGCGGCGCCCGGCGGCUCGCGGCGCGUGCUGCGGUGA